AUGGCGAUUGGCAAGGAGGGAAACGUGAAAUGGGUCGAUGGCCUCCGCGGUCUCGCAUCCACCCUUGUUGUUCUCACUCAUAUCGCGCGAGCUUUCGACGGAGAUCUCUUCCUCCCAGUCUCCGCUGAAGGCACGAGCCCUCGCCUGCUCCAGUUGCCCUUCCUACGAAUCCUCGUUCAGGGUCGUAUCGGUGUCACCAUCUUCUCCUUCGUUACCGGUUACGUCUGCGCCCUCAAGCCCAUCAAGUUGUACCGACAGAACAACCAAGAUGCCGCCUUUACAUCCAUUGCGAAAUCCGCCCUCCGCCGUGUUCCUCGACUCGUUAUCCCCUGCGCCUUCGCUACAUUCAUCAGCUGGAUCAUGGCAGAGCUGGGAAUGUUCCUUAUUGGCAAGCGGAGUGACUGCUGGUGGUGUGGCAUGACGGCUCCGGAUCAGGUGCCGAACAUUUUCGUCGCAUUCAAGAGCUUGAUCUUCAACAUUAUAAAUACGUGGACAAAAGGUGCCAAUGCGUACGAUGGCAAUCAGUGGACGCUUUUGCCGCUGCUGAGAGGUAGCAUGCAAGUAUACACGUUCAUCAUCGCGACCUCUUACAUACAGCCGCGCUACAGAAUGAUUGCGAGCAUGAUGAUGUACUUUUACUUCUACAUCGGAGGUGACUCGGCCUUUGGAAUGCAGUUUUUCUGGGGAGUCUUCCUCUGUGACGUGCAGAACACGCCCGCGGCUACCGAGUGGCUAACGAACCGACCGAAAACCUCCCGUCUGUUGGCCAUCAUUUUCCUUACUCUUGGUCUCUACGUUGCGUCGUACCCAGAAGGACAUGCCGAAUGGGCGACUUGGUCACACCAGAUGUUCAAAGUCCUCGUCAGAAUUACGCCUUCAAAUCCCGACUUCCCUCGCUAUGCGUCUGGUAUCGGUCUGCAACUCAUCACGCUGGGUCUGCAUUUCAGCCCUGGACUGCGCGACUUCUUGUCAAGCAAGUACCUACUCUGGCUGGGCAAGCAGUCUUUUGCUGUCUACCUACUCCACGGCCCGCUUCUUCGCAGCGUGCUCUGCUGGAUGGUCUACGGCAUUCACCUGCCCCCGGACAUCAGCAACGAGAAUGGUGACACCAUCCAGGGAAAGCUCGUCUUCCCCAACGGCUGGAGACUCAUGCUAUCUCUUCCAUUCUGGAUCCCCCUCAACUACGGCGUUGCAAUGCUCUGGACUGGAUACGUCGACCCGUGGUGUGCCAACCUGACGGAGAAGAUCGUGAGCUACGUCAACCUGGACCGUGAUGAGAAGGGCAUCCUCCUGCCACAGUAG